UUGCUACGUUGGAGUUGAUGCCAAUGAUUGUAUAUAUCCAGUGGCUUUUGCUGCAGUUGAGAGUGAAAACAAACAAUCAUGGUUUUGGUUCCUCUAGUUGUUAUAGAGGGAUUUAAAGAUCGACAACUCCUACAAUAUAUGCUUCAUGUCUGACAAACAAAAGGGUUUAAUAGAAGUGAUUUUUUUAUUGUUCCCUAAUGCUGAAGCAAGAAAUUGUGCCAGACAUCUUUACAACAAUUUUAAAAACAUGGAAGGAUUUAGAGGCCAAAUAAUGCGUCUUACUUACUGGAAAGCUGCUAAAUCAACUUUUCCAAUACAAUUUGAAGAAGCAAUGUCUGAAAUGAGAUCACUGUCAGAAUUUGCUGAGUUUUGGUUGCGUGACAAGGAUCCAAGAACUUGGUCAAGAGUCCAAUUUUCAACCAGAUGCAAAUCUGAUCUACUACUGAACAACAACAGUGAAUGUUUCAACAAGAUCAUUUUAGAAGCUAGAGAUAAACUCAUCCUGACGAUGUUGGAAAUAAUUAGAAGAAAAGUCAUGAAUAGGUUGGUUUCUAUGAGAGAGAUUGCUGAGAAGUAUCCUGGACCUUUAUGUCCAAUGAUACAGAAGAAGUUGUCUGAAAUUGUUAGUCAGUUCAAUAAUAUAUGGCCGGUAUAUGCUGGAAAUGAGAAGUAUGAGGUUGACUGUGGAUUAGGCAACAAGUAUGUGGUUGAUCUCCUCAACUCCUCCUGUUCAUGUAGAAAAUGGGACUUGUCAGGAAUCCCAUGUCCUUUGUAAUGGGAACAUGUGAGGGACAUGGAACCCAUUCUUCCUUCCAUAAUUAGAAGGCCCCUAGGAAGACCUAAACAAACGAGGAGGACGGAAGUAGAUGAAGUAAGAAAGAGUGGACCAAAAUUAAGCAAAACAGGACAACAAACUAACUGCACCAAAUGUGGCAAACCAGGCCAUAAUACAAGGACUUGCAAAGGGAUUGUUGGGGGUAACCAAAUGGCAAGCCAAUCAUCGAGCUUGCAAAUUUUGAACCAAGCCACUUCAAUAGAUAACACAUCAAGCCAACCACCCUUAACCCAAAAAAGCUCAAACCUGACAACAAAUUUUAGGGCCAAAUUACCUUUCAAAAGAAAAUCUGUUUUGUGAACAAAAAAUAUAUCUUUUUGGAAGGGUUGUUGAAUCAUGUUAACAAUAGUAGAAUAUACAUUUUGUCUUAAUUGAGGGUUUUAAACAAUUUAUUUUUUUUUGAAAUGUUAAACUAUUGAACAAUUACUUGAGAAAUGGCUAUUGGACAUGUUAGAUAUUUAA